AGCACACAUUGCACGAGAUGACGUGUCUGCAUUUGAAACCGUGCCUCCUGAAGAGCGACAAAAAGAUACUGGACGGGCUCUAAUUGCCGUAUGCCUAAGAUUGAAUCCCCUUUCACGCUCGGGGCCUGAAGUUGAGGGACUUUCUUUACUAUUUCAUCAAUUAUUGCUGUUUAACACGACAAAUGAGGAGCAUUUUGGUGCCCGUGAAUCUUCUCUUGCAGUGGGUACCAACAAAGGGUUUAGCGUUAUAGGAAUGGAAUCUACUACUGAAUCGAUGCCCUCUUCUGCUGGAUGGGCAGACGUUUGGGCGUUUCCAUUGCUGUUAUUCGCUCAAACUCUCUGUGCUGUGGCGCAAGUAUUCAUUCUUGGCCUCCCUGCCCAACUGGCUGCAGUUUGGUUUGCAGAAAAAGAGGUGGCCUCGGCUACCGCCGCCGGUGUCUUUGGUAAUCAGGUGAUGAAGGACUGA